UGCCUCGUGCCCACCCCAGGGUAGCUGCUGCAGCCUACGCUGCCUCUUCCACUGCCUACGGUCCUCGGAGCCAGAGCCCGGGUCGGAGCCUGAGAGGCAACCGGCCCGAGGAGGGGCUCCAGAGCCUCGGCCGUGGGCGGGCGAUGCUGCAGCUGCCUGAUCAACUAUGGAGGCCGAAGCAGGCGGCCUGGAGGAGCUGACGGACGAGGAGAUGGCGGCGCUGGGUAAGGAGGAGCUGGUGCGGCGCCUGCGGCGGGAGGAGGCGGCGCGCCUGGCAGCGCUAGUGCAGCGCGGCCGCCUGAUGCAGGAGGUGAAUCGGCAGCUGCAGGGUCACCUGGGCGAGAUCCGUGAGCUCAAACAGCUCAACCGGCGCCUGCAGGCGGAGAACCGGGAGCUGCGCGACCUCUGCUGCUUUCUGGACUCGGAGCGCCAACGAGGACGGCGUGCGGCGCGCCAGUGGCAGCUCUUUGGGACCCAAGCAUCCCGGGCGGUGCGCGAGGACCUGGGUGGCUGUUGGCAGAAGCUAGCGGAGCUGGAAGGCCGCCAGGAGGAGCUGCUGCGGGAAAAUCUGGCCCUUAAGGAGCUUUGCUUAGCACUGGGCGAAGAGUGGGGCCCCCGCGGUGGCCCCGGCGGCGCAGUGGGCUCAGGUGCUGGGCCCACACCCGAGCUCGCCCUGCCACCGUGCGGGCCCCGCGACCUAGGCGAUGGAAGUUCCAGCACUGGCAGUGUGGGCAGCCCGGAUCAGUUGCCCCUAGCCUGCUCCCCUGAUGACUGAGGGCGCCGCAUUUUCCACGCCAAUGCCUGCCUGGAUUGCUCCCUGAGCUCGGGGAAUGCUGUGGACCUCCAGACCUGGUCGUAGCUUCGGCUGAGCACCAGGGCGCUGGAAUGGACUGGAAAAGCCCUGGCACUGAGGAGGGCUCCUUGCUCUUGCUGGCAGAGCAGCAGGGGAAAUGGAGGCUGAAGUGGAGGGACUUGCUGUGUGGUUGGGUGGGGACUAAUAAACUGGGAAGGAAGCAGAGCCCGAAGCCUGGCCAGCUUGUGUCUAGAACUCGCCGGGGUUGGGAAGAGGGCGUAAACCCAGAGAUGCAGUGCAGUUCUCAUCCGGAGGAACUGCAGAGCUAGGGCUGACUCCCUAUUACCUGGGAUUGGGGUGGGAUUUGAGACGGUGGUAGACCACUAACUCCCCCGAUGGGCGCCAAGACAGGCUGAAAUCCGGCCGCUGUAGUGGCUCCAGCUCCCUUCCAGGCUCCUUCCUGUCUAAAACAAUGGGACAGGAAGCAGGUGUUGGGGGCCUAAAGCCCACUGAACCGCCUGCAUGGAUGGUGGAAGGAUAUACCACCGGCCUUCCCUGCCCCCCCCCCAGUCCUUAAGACAGGAGCAGUGUGGGUUCCCAUGGGGAAAAUAAUUGAUAAUCUUCUUUGCUUGCACUCCAGAGCAUUCUUAGUCUCUCAGUAUAGGAGACAAGGAAGAGCAGAGGGUCGCCCCAUUCUUCAGGUGAGAAUAUGGAAGUCCAAAAACAUAUGGUAGUUUCUUCAAGGUCAAUGCUGAGACUGGAACCUGGAACUCCUGUUCCAAAUGGUCUCCUUUAGCCUCUGGAUCCAACAUGACAACCCAGACUAGAGCUUCAAGCCUUUUAUUCCAUUUUGGAAGGUUUGUAUAAAAAUAGUCUCUUUAGGAAAAUAAAUAGCAGCUGCCCUUGCGGUGGAGGCUCGGAUACCCUGAAGCUAAGCGCUUCUCAGAGCUAGGGAGUGCAGCUCCGCUCCUCACAGAAGCCCCUGGCGCCUCCUGCGUUGUGCCAUUCAGGAGGAGCCUGCAGGAUGUCCGGUGCUGCUGGCUGUUGAUGCUGUGUGAGUUAGUGUUCUAGGCUAGUCAAAGGGCACCUUCUGUCUAGGUGUAGAGUAGGCUGGAUAACAUGAAGAAAGUGACGUGGUGUGGGAAAGUGGUCUGCAAGGGGUAAGGGUGUCAAAGGACCCCUGGGGAUCUACAAAGUCUGGGCUGCCAGGCGUUCUCUGGCAGAGGGAACAUAUUUUCCUCUAAUUUUGUGCAAAUUAUGAUAGGCCAGCUCUAGAAAAACAGUGAGCAGCUUUGGGGAUCCCCUCCAAGCUGGCUCUACAUCAAAGCAUAAUGUGUUUGUUCUAGUCGGAAGAGAUAAAAGAUCUGCUGGUUUGGGGCAAGGGUAUGGUCCAGGCCUGCUGGAUCAAUGGGAGAAAGGGGAUGGCUUGGAGUAGCACCAGCAAGGGAUGUGGCUGGGUGCCUCACAAAGCCAGGAGUGUAGGAGAGCCCAGGGGGUCGGAGGAGGGGUCGCCACUGCUGCUGCUACUCUUUCGGUGAGCGGAGGAGCAAGGUUCUGGUGUGCUAGGAUAGGUGAAAACCAGACUCGGAGUAAAAGGAGUCAGAGAGGGUGUGGUCAUGAGCGUGGGGGUAUGCAGUGCUUCCGGUUCAAGUACGGGUCCUGGAGAAAGGGAGAUGCAAGGCACUGGGCGGCCGGGGGCUGGUGGGCUGCUAGCACCGCUGGUGCUGCCAGAACCACCUGGGUCCUUCUUGUCUCCUUCUGGGAUUUUGCAGAUGGGGCGAUGGGCUUCCAGCACCAGCUCAAGGCGUUCCUUCUGCUUCUGCAGCUCUUCAAUCUCUCGCUGCAGCCCCGAUUUCUCAUCCUCCAAUUUGUCGGUCUCCUUUACAGGAUUAGCAGAAAGAUAGGAAAAUGAAGGCUAAAGAUCCCCAAGCCUCAGGCUGGAGUAGGGACUGUGCCUGUCAUCCCCAACAAGUCUGGACUGCAACUCCCUCCCGUGAGCCUCUGGGAGAAAAUGGCCAUGACUCCCAUCAGACGGGGGCAUCUUAGGAGAAUUGCUGCCUACCAUCUUCGACUCUGCCUCGAAGCCCGACAAACAAUAUUUAAGCCACUUUCCCUUAUCCUUUUUCCAGGACUUCCCCACAGGCAGGGAGGAUGACAGAGUCCUGAGGAGUAAUUUUGGGUCUUUUGUGUUCUUGGGAGCCGAGACCCCUCUUGGGGCUCUGUGGGUCCGGGCCUGGGGAUGAUGCUCACCGCCUGCAGGAAGUCUGUCAGCUCCUUUCUUCGGUUUCUGCACUUAGCAGCUGCUAGCUUGUUCCGCUCGCGUCUCACCCUGCGGCGCUCUUCCUCCUCUGGGCUGAUCUAGGUUGGGAUAGAAGAAGGGAGACAAUGAGGCUGACUCUGAGCCACCAGCUGCCCUGAGCUGGUCAUCCAGCUUUCCUUCAGUCUGUAGUCUAGGUGCCACCACCCAACACUCCACAGUUGCUUCUCUGUACCGGACGCUUGUCAUCUCAUUGGUGACAUUUCCAGCUCACACACACCUAGCUUUACUGCUGGUUUCUUUCCUGAAAUGCUUUCCCUCUCUGUAAACUUUGAUCUUCCUCCCUUCCGCAUCUUAGGACUGGACUAAGAUGUUGGGACCCCAGGAAGCCUUUUCAUUUCUCAGGCAGAAGUAGCCUUCUCUCCUGAGUGUAUGAGACAUGAUUAUCUCUUUUCACAGGACUCUCAGCCUCCUCAUCUGUGGAAGAUGGGAUUUCUUCCCCCAGGAGCUGUGAAUUGUAGAAGGUGCUCUUGAGUGCCAAAAGCUACUGGGAAUCAAUCUACUAUGCCAACAAAGCCCUUUGUAGGACUUUUCUUUUGCUUAGUGCUAGGGAUCAAACCCAUGGCUUGGUACAUGCUAGCUCGGCAAAUGCUCUACCACUGAGUUACACCCCUUCACCAGCCCUUUCGUAGAUUCCUUUUUCUGCUUUUUGUAGUUUUGUUUCUUUGUAUUUUAGACAGAAUCUCUGAGUAGCCCUGCCUGGCCUUGAACUUGAUUUAUAGACCAGGCUGGCCUGGAACUCACAGACCUCAUCUGGCUUGUUUUGUCUUUUUUUUUUUUUUUUAAGAUUUAUUUAUUUUUAUUAUAUGUAAGUACACUGUAGUUGUUUUCAGACACUCCAGAAGAGGGACUCAGAUUUCGUUACAGAUGGUUGUGAGCCACCAUGUGGUUGCUGGGAUUUGAACUUCGGACCUGCAGAAGAGCAGUUGGGUGCUCUUACCCACUGAGCCAUCUAACCAACCCCCUUGUUUUGUCUUUUUAAAAGAGACAAAGUCUCAUGUGUCCCAGGCUGGCCUUUAGCUCAGUGUAUAGGCAAGACCGGCCUGAAACCCCUGAUUCUUUGGCUUCCACCUCUAGAGUAAUAGGAUUGCAGACUGUAUCAGCAUCCCUUCCAGCUUCCCUACAUAGAUUCUUUAUGUUGCUGUUGUUUUUAAAGACAGGGUUCAUCUUCAUAGUUCUAGCUGUCAUGGAAUUCACUCUGUAGGCUGGCCUCAAACUUCACCUGCCUCUGCCUCCCAAGUACUGUGAUUAAAGGCAUGUGCCACACUAUGCCUGGCUAGAGUCAUAUAUU